UGUAAACUUCCCGAAACCCGGAGUCAGUGUCAGGCUCUUGCACCAUCAGCAAAGAGACGCUGUGUUCGGGUGCGUCUUCCUCUGUUUCUCUCUCUCUCACCAUUUAAAGUUAAAAAGGUUUUCGUUGCAGGAGGCAUGGCACCAAAGAGACGGGCUGCAUCUGCUGCCAAGGCAGGCGGCAAGAAGGGCAAGAAGGAGCCUGAGACACCAAAGCCCAAGGAUGCCUUCACCUCUGCUAAAGAGGCCCUCCUGGCUGCAGGGCCACAGGUAAAAGGCAAGAAGAAGGUGGACGAGCAUUGCUCACUGUCAAGCUCUGGAGAGGUAUAUGAGGACUAUGACUGCAUGCUCAAUCAGACAAACAUCGGACAUAACAAUAAUAAGUUUUAUGUCAUUCAAGUUAUUGAAGCAAACAACAAAUACUAUUCAUGGAAUAGAUGGGGUAGAGUGGGGGAAGUGGGACAAUCCAAACUCAAUACGUUUGAUAAGCCUGAGGAUGCUAUCAAGGACUUUGAGAAGAAGUUUAAGGACAAGACAAAGAACAAAUGGAGUGAUCGGAUGACUUUUGUGGCCCACCCCGGGAAGUACACCCUAAUUGAGGUGGAUGGAGAGCAGGAUGCUGAGGUCAAGGUGGACAGUGUUGAUGGGAAGACUGCCAAAGUCACCAAAAAUAUCCUACCUUGCACCCUUAACAACGCAACAAAAGAUCUCAUCCAGCUCAUUUUCAGCAAUGACAUGUUCAAGGAGGCAAUGGAAUGUAUGAACUUAGACAUCAAGAAGAUGCCUUUGGGCAAACUCAGUAAGCUGCAGAUUGCAAAGGGCUUUGAAGUGUUGGAGGAAAUCGAGAAAGCCAUGAACCAAAAAAGUGGAAGAGCACGCCUGGAAGAACUUUCCUCGAAGUUCUUUACCACAGUCCCACACAACUUUGGCCGGAACAGACCGCCAACCAUCGACAACAAAGAGAUUGUGGAGAAGAAGAAAGAGAUGCUUAUGGUGCUGGCUGAUAUUGAGCUUGCCCAGACUCUGAAGUCAGAGACCGAGAAGGCUCAGGAAGAGAUGAUAGAAACAGUUCCUCAUCCUCUCGACCAAGACUACAAUUCUCUCAGAUGCAAGCUCACGCUUAUGGACAAGAAAACAGAAACAUUCAAGAUCAUAGAAAAAUACUUGAAAGUGACUUCAGGUACCUAUCGCAAACCAAAAAUUGUCAAUGUUUGGGAAGUCGAUCGAGAGUCAGAGGGAGAGCGCUUUAUGGAGAAUGAUAGUCUGGAGAACCGCCGUCUGCUGUGGCAUGGUACAAACAUAGCGGUGGUGGCAGCGAUCCUGAAGAGUGGUCUGAGGAUAAUGCCCCAUUCAGGUGGCCGUGUUGGUCGCGGGAUCUAUUUUGCGUCUGAGAACAGCAAGUCUGCAUGUUACGUGCGCACCUCUAAAAACACUGGAGUGAUGUUUCUGAGUGAGGUAGCCCUCGGCAAAGAACACACCAUCACCAAAGACAAUAGUUCCUUGAGGAAGGCUCCUGCAGGCUAUGACAGUGUGGUGGCACGAGGAACAGUGGAACCAGAUCCCACUGAGGACAUCUACAUCACUUUGGAUGGCAAGAAGGUUUCUGUGCCUCAGGGUAAGCCUGUAGAACAGCCCCAGUUCACAGACAGCCACUUUAGCAACAGUGAAUACCUCAUCUACAGAGAGAGCCAGUGUCGCCUUCGGUACCUGCUGGAGCUGAACAUGUAGCGCUACUACAGCUCAAGAAGCGAGGCCACUCCUUUAAAAGAGAAGCGCUCCUCAUUCUUUCUCUUUCAGGGGCUUUCUUAAAAUCUAAUGUGGUUAUUGUCUCUUUGUGUAGAUGUCACUAUCAUAAAUAUCAUAUACUCCUCGGUGCCUUAUAUUUUGCACAUUCUUUAUAACACACACUGAGAAACUGUAUUUACUUUACCAUUUACUUCACCAUUUACCAUUCUCCUGCUGGUAUCUUUUACCUGAGCCUGGUUUUUAAACAUUUAAAAGGCCUCUAAAUAUUUGGACGAUUUUGUUUUUGAAUUACUUGCACCUUAUUCUAUUUGGCAUCUCGGUUCUGGUUUGAGUAGCUGCUUAACUUUUACAAAUUGCAUUAUUUAAGCCAUGUGGAAAUUGAAGUAGAAACCUGGACGUCAGAAAGAAACAAUCUUGGAUCUUGUUGCAUGCUGUUGCAGGUAUAUAGACAUUUAUAAUAAUAAUAUAUGGUACAGUGGAAGUUAAAAUGACGAAGUUUAUAAACAAAAAUGUUUACAGGUGGAAGUAUGAAGUUUGGGGAUAAUGUCCAAGCACUGUUAGAAUUUUUUUUUGUUUGACUGUUAAGAAGGACUCUGAAUAUGCUUCUGUAGUGUAUAGUAAUAUAAUAUGUAAAUCAUGAAUACUUUGGGCACAUUUCUUGCCCAGCAGAUCUUCCAGCUAUAUAAUUGUGGUACGAGAUGUCACCAUAUGGUGUCAGUAGUGAGCAACUCCCUUUGGAAUGUAAUUGCUUUAGGCUUUACUUGAACCUCUUACAAGUUAAUAAACUAAAGUCCUCUCCAA